UACAAUGCAGUACAAUGCCAGGGGCCCAGUCAGCAACAGGGUUUGUUCAGUGCAUUGUUUGUAUCAGUGCCAGACUGGCUUAGCCAGGGCCCAUUGUAAAAUUACAUUUAUAAAUAACUUUAAAACACUAAAAAUGAAGUUUAUGAAAACGUUGCUUACAAUUAAAUCUGCUUUCAUUACGUCCUGCCAUAAGGCAAGUUGUCUGAGCUUAGACUUAGAGCAUCGCUGCUUGGUCCCCAGUGAGUGGGUGAGGGCUCUGCUAUAAGGUAGUUACGGUAGCAUCUGCCAUUUAUACCUCAGCAGCAGCCUAUUUGCCUCACGGUAACAGCUCUGCUUCCCCAGUGUGUUCGGAACCAGUCAAUCCCUUUUUUAAUCACAGAGUUCCAAAAAGAAACUUCACCUUAUAAAAGGGCAGAGUGGGGACCCACCCUAAACAGCACAGGGACCCAGUACUAGAUCAGAAUCCCUGACAUACCAAUAACCGCAACGUAGGUACCCUGGUACAGCAUCCUGCCGCCGCCUAUAACAAGAUGAUGAAGGAUAUCCUCCCCCCCCCGCCGCCUGCCGCGAUGGUACCACCCAGGGGAGUAAUAGCAGGGCUGUCCCACUCUCACAGGGAGCCAAUCUAAGAGGGUUUCUUUUUCGGGGGGCGCAAGUGGCAUAGACAGACCCUGCCGGACUGUACAGCUGGUGACGGUGAGCGGUUCCUCGGGCAGUGCUGGGGUUCACGCUCUGUACCUUAACUUUACUUACAGCGCUACUGACACCUGCCUUGCGCACCCGACCCCCUACUGUUCUUUCCACCUGCUCUCCACCCUUCCAGCUCCUGCUCUAGCUACAGUAACUUCGAGCCUCCCCCAUAUCAUUCCGCUAUCCCUUCACGCCUGUCAGUCGGAGCCCGGGAUGCAGCUGUGCAGCACAAGGACGUGGCUUCUCCUCUGUUCCGUGUGGGCUCUCCAUAUCCCCGGGGGCAGAUCAGCCUGUGCCAGUCGCGCCCACCCCAAGUGUUGCCCGGGAAGGAACAACGCGUGUAUUGGCUUCAGUCGCACCGGCACCACCUGCUACUGCGACACCUACUGCAACCGGAGCGCCGACUGCUGCGAGGACUACCGGAGCCAAUGCGGGGGCAGCGUGUCGCAUUGUGUGGUUGGGCCUUGGGGGUCUUGGAGUGAGUGCAGUGCACGCUGUGGAAUAGGCAGCAGAGAAAGGACAAGGCAAGUUGUAGUGCCCCCAAGGAGUGGAGGAAGCCCCUGUCCGGAUCUCAGGCAACGUCGUGGGUGCUAUGGAGAGGACCCCGAUUGUCAUAUGUCCACAGACGUGGCUAAGAUUUUACCAGACUCCUUCAAACGGGAUUUCAGAGACCCCUGGCGGAGACAUCUUACCACAAUAAAAGAGAGAGCCCCAAGUUACUGUGUCUAUUUUCGCCUGAAGCACGUGGGACCGGGCUGUCAGUUACAGGGAUGGAGCAGGCAACUAAUUCGAGAGCAACUUAUUUGUGUUGAGUGCCAGAUGGAAGCUGCAGGUAGCAAUGGACGAUGCCAAGGAGAUGGACUUGCUGGAGUUAGAACAUUCUGGGCUGCUGCUUCUCUCUCAAGCUGCCAAGGAUCAUGGGUACAGGAAGAUCUAAGAGAGCACUGCACAUGCAAGCUGGUUUCUUUUCUUUUUGUGUAAAAAAUUAUAGUCCUUAUUAUAGUACAUAUUCCAGCUCUGACCAGUCCAAGGUUUCACACCACUGCUGACAUCUCAAUGAAUAGCCCAAUAGCUAGUAAAGCAGACAGCUUCCCUCCAAUACCUACCUCUGCCAUUCACGAACGGAGGAAGCGUCUCUUGUAGGUUUGUGUUGUUUAGAGUGAUUAUUGCUCAUAAUGAAACAGGUCAUUUGUUUUGAAGAGGUUAUUUGCUUAAUCCUUGAAUAUAUGAGAAUUGGAAGCAGGCUCCACUUAACUAAGACUUGUACAGUAUACAUGACACUGACAACUGGAUCAUUUGCUUAGUUAUUGUGCAGUACUGAUGAUUCCAACGUUUGUAUCUACAGAUCAUAUCCCAUAAUUAGUUAUUAUGAUGACUGUAAAAGAGAUCUUCAGGGUUUUUUUCAGCAGGUGAAAUGUUUAUGAUGUGGACAAAGUUUUUACCUUCAAUGUAGCCUUGUUUUUUGGAAUGAAUCUACCUCAUCAGACAUCACAAAAUGAACAGAUCACAAAUUGUCAGCUGCAAGGCAAGGGAAUCAUUAGCUUGAAUGGUAAUUAACAGAACAAUUUCUGUUCAAAGACAAAUGCUUUAUAUUCCAUUUUAAUAGAAAACAAUUAUAUAAUUUAAAAAAAAAAGUAUUUGUUUAUUUUAUACUGUAGGUGCUAUGAUGAUCUAACAUUGCUAAAGUUCUAUGUAUUUAGUCUGGACUGACAGUGAGCUUAGCGCUAGGGCGUUUGCACAUUACUACCAGAGAUCAUAUACAGUAGGACCCCCAUUUUAAAAUUUUCAAAGGUCCAGAAUAAAAUCAGGGAAAAUGUAAAAUCAGGGAAAUGUAUUAUUCAUAAUAUAUAGGUGGGACCACAAAAAAAAUGAUGUAAAGUGAGGGGAAACUUAAAAUCAGGGGAUGUAAAUUUGAAGUUUCUUCUUUCUCAUCUAUCAAUAUUUUGAAAGUGGCAGAGAAAAGCAAAAUAUAUAUAUAUAUAUAUAUGUGACAUACUAAAUACUACUAAUUCCUUCUAAAUAUAACUUGUUCCGCUGAAAACAAAUUCAAUUACAUUAUUAUAAAAUGUAUGCAGGGGUUGGGUAUCCCCAGCAACACUACCAAUUGUAUAAUUUCAAAAUAUUGAAAAAAAGUAAAAAAAUAUUGCUUUUAGUACUUUCACCUGCAAUCUUGUUCCCAAGGACCCCUGUGAUACUGGGGAACAGAGCAAAUAACACACGAAAAUGAACGCUUCUUCUCUAUCCCACAGCUCACCCUGUUUAGUAACAUGUUAAAGGGACUAAAAGAUAAAUAUAUAUAUAUUAUUCACAUAUAUGCUAUGCAUUAUGCUUGCACAAUCAAACACAGAACGUCUCCAGUUAAAACAUUCACUGACUUUAUUUCAUAAACGAGUCCUUGUUCUGGUAACAGUUGCUUUGAAUAUUUAUAAAUUCUGAGAGGUCCAAACACUUUUAUAUUUAGCCUAUUUUUCAGCUGCAUGUCAUUUAUUUAGUGGAAAAUAUAAAUGUGGUGCUGAUUAAAAGAAUCUGUCUUUAUGCUAAAA